AUGAUUUCCGCGGACCCAGUUCUCCUGACCCUGGAACGGGGCGAGGAAGCGGCGCCUGGUUUUAGGUCCGGCUGCGCCGCCGCCCGGGCCGCGGCCACCGCGGGAGAGGCCGUCGCGGGCGCCGCGGCAGACGGCUCGGGCUCCGCAGCCACCCGGCCAGGGCAGACCGUCGCCGUCGGCCUCCGCGCCACCGCGCGCAGCGUGGAGCGCGGGGACGCGCGAGCGGUGAUCGUGUGCACGGACGGCGUGCCCUCUGCUGUGGUGCAGCAUCUGCCCGUUCUCUGUACCCUGCGAGGAGUCCCCAUCGCCAUGCUGGCGAGCUCGCCGGGCUCGCUGGCGGACGCAGUGGCCCCGUGCGCUCGGCGCCGGGGCCGAGGGCCCGGGUCCGCGGUGGCCGUGGCGCUGCUGCAGGGCUGCAGCAGGUUUUUGCGUUGCAUCUUCGGGGGGCCUGGACUUAUGAUGUUCCAACCUACUUUUGCCUGA